AUGGGAGAAUGUUUAACAAAACCGAUUGGGAAUGGUAGAAAAUGGACAUUUUUUAUAGUCAACUCUAUACCACUUGUUAACCAACAAGCAAGUAACUUAAGAAGGCAUUUGCCAUGGGAUGUAGGAACAUUUAGUGCUGACUCAAGUUAUCGAAAGCAGUGGGAUGAAGAAUUGAAUAAAUAUCAAAUUUUAGUGAUGACUGCUCAGAUAUAUUUGAACAAUCUGUAUCAUGGUUUCAUGUAUAUCAAGGAUGCUAAUCUACUUAUUUUUGAUGAAUGUCAUCAUGCUGUUGCAUCACAUCCAUUUAGAAAAAUAAUGGAAGUACUACAUAAUUCCAAUUUAAAAAGUGAUGAUCGCCCUCAUAUUCUUGGACUCACUGCUACUUUGAUCAACUCAAAAUCCAAAAAUGUUAAAGAUGAAUUAAGCAAAUUGCAAAUAACAUUUGAUAGUACAAUAAAGACAAAACAUGAUAAACAAAUUCAAAAUUUUACAGCUCUCCCAAAAGAAUCUAUAUGUUUAUAUGAUGAACAUAUUCUGGAUAAUGAAUUAUUAACUGUCACAUCCAGAAUAUCAAAAAUUGUCUAUUAUCUCGAAAUAGUUCAGGAUAAAUUAAAAAAUGAAACAAAAUUAAAUACCGGUAAAAAAUAUAAAUUGAAGCUACAAAACAAAGAGACAACUAAUCGAUUAGAAAAUUAUUUUCUAGAAUUUGAGGAGCAUCUCAAUGAUGGUGGUGUUUAUAUCGCAUAUUUGUAUUUGUUGCAUUGUAUGUUGUUAAUUGUAAAAAAACAAAAAAGUUGUAAAUAUGGAAAAAGAUAUGAUAUUAUGUCUCUGGCAUUGUCAGAAUUAACUAUAAUUCGAAAAAUUUUGUAUGAUUACAUGAAUAAACACUCAAUUAUUCAUAAAGGUCAAUCAACAACAUUACAACAUGUAUCUCCAAAAGUGAAAAAAUUAAUGGAAAUUUUAUCCGCUUUAAAAGCCACUGAUGCUUGUUUAGUAUUUGUUACACGGCGGACUACUGUUAAAAUUUUAUGUCAUUAUAUCAAAGAUUACAUUCAAGAAUAUAAUCAGAAAAAUAUUGUAUGUGAGUUUAUAGUUGGCAAAAGAGGAAAAUCUGAGACUGAUUGCGAUGAAAAUAAUUAUAAAAAACUACAAAAUAAUGACAUUAUUAAGAACUUUAACUCUAAAAUGAUUAAUGUUCUCAUAACAUCACAAGUACUAGAAGAAGGCAUUGAUAUUCAAACUUGCAAUGUUGUAAUUAGGUAUGAUUGUCCUAACAAUUUUAAUUCUUACGUACAAUCCAAAGGAAGAGCUCGUUCUGCUUCUAGUAAUUUUAUUACUAUGGUGUCAAAUUUGUCUAUUUUAAAGUAUACAGGAAUUCUAGAUGACUUUAAUGAAAUGGAAAAAGACAUAAAAAAUAUAUUGGCAGUAAAUAAUAUUGAGCAUAUACCUCAUAAUGAUAAUGAUAUGUCAACAAUGUUCAAGACGAUGUAUGGAAGUGCUUUAUUAAGUCAUACAAAUGCUCUUGAUAUUUUAAAUGGGUACUGUACGUCUUUAUCUAAAGAUCAACUAUUGGAUUUUAAAGAAGAAUAUACCAUGGAAGAAAAUAAUUUUUACAAAUUCAAACUAACACUACCAAUUAAUAGUGUUAUUAAGACUAUUAAGAUUGAUGGAAUAUCUUGUGCAAUUAAAAGAGAUGCUAAAAAAAGUGCUGCAUUUAACGCGUGUAUAAAAUUGUACAAGAUUGGAAUAUUAGAUGAACAUCUUAUGCCUAAGAGUGUUGAAAAUAUUGUGCAAAAUUAUUUAAAAAAAUGGUUUCCACAUUGGCGUCAUAGAGAAAUUGAACAUAGCAAAUGUCAAUUAAAUUUGGAAGCUCCCGAACUUAAGAAGAGACGGAGAGUGCAUUUUAAAAGUCCAUCAUACUUACAUGGAUCAUAUCCACAAGUAAAUAAACCGACAUAUUUACAUGUUAUUCACUGUGUUCCUGAUUACAUCGAACUAAAAGAAAGUAAUUACGAAGCAUUUGAUAAAUUAUUUAAGUCAAUUAGAGAAUUCGGAAUUUUAACAUCAAAUAAAUUACCUCAAGUAUCCAGUUUUCCGAUAUUUUCACAUUUCGGUACUAUUAAUGUUAGCAUAAAGGUAAACGUUAAUGAAAUUUUUAUUGACCAUGAACUCCUUAAGAAACUAGACAAUUUCCAUAACAAAUUAUUUAUGGAUGUAUUGAGAGUAAAAAAUAAUUUUGCAAGAAGCUACGAUAAUGGAGAUAAUUCAUAUUUAGUUGUUCCUACUAUUUUGACAGAUAAUAUUUAUUAUCUGGAUUUGAAUGUUAUCCAUAUAGACAAAUUUGUAGAAGCAAAUGAAAAACCUACUUUGGAACAGAGAAAUUCUAAAUUUUAUGAAGAAUAUCUCAGUUCAAUCCAUGUAAUUUCACCGUGGUACAAAAACGUAUCACCAGUACAAAGAUAUAUUGUCACUGAUGUUUACUUGGAUAAGACACCUGAAAGUUCUUUUGAGUCUUCUGAGUAUGAUACUUAUGCGAAAUACUUUAGUGACAAAUAUAACAUUCACGUUUCCCAUAAAAAUCAACCCUUGAUAAAAGUAAAGUCAUUAGAUGUGUCAGAAAUGAAUUAUUUAACUCCCAGACAUCUAUUGCAUAAACUUGACAAACAAACUGAACAUGAUAAUAUACUUAUACCUGAAUUUUGUACUUGGCAUAAAUUUCCAACGGAUUAUUGGUUGAAAGCUUUAAUGCUCCCAACAAUAUUAUAUCGAUUAGAAAAAUUAUUAUUGGCAGAAGAACUUUUUGCAAAAAUUAAUUCUAUGUGUAAUAUUGUAGUAGAAGGCAAUACAAACAAAGAUUCAUUAAAGAUGGAUAGUACUUUUAUUUUUAAUGAAAGCAAAAUUAAAAAUAAUGUAAUGGAAAUUAAUGAAACAUUGAAAUACACUCUCAAUAAUAUGGAUGAUGUUUUAGAGUUUGAUCCAAACAAUUUUCCUAAAGAUAUUGAAAGGUUAAGAAAACCAACAAUGUCUGAUCUUCAAAAUUAUCAAACAUUUAUGAACGAUCAAUCUGAGGGAAAUAAUAAUAUUGAGCAAAUAGAUGAAGUACUAAAAACUGAAUUGAAUGAUAUGAAUCCAUUAAAUUUAACGAAUAAUCUACCACCUAUAUUGAGUCCAUUGAUCAAAGAAGUUUCAAAACAAAAUAUAUGGCCUAAGCAGUCUGAUAUUUUGAAAGCCCUAACACCAAUAAAUGCGGAAGAUAUAUUUAAUAAUGAGUGCAUGGAAACAUUUGGUGAUAGUUUCCUGAAAUUUGCUAUAUCAUUGGUAUUAUAUGAUGCUUGUCCAUUACAAGAUGAAGGAGUUCUUAGUACCCUAAGAAUGAAAAUAGUUGGGAAUCGACAUUUGUGUUAUGCUGGAAGAAAUUCAGAUAUUGUAUCAUAUAUGGUAAAAUAUUUUGACCCAAAUACGCAUUGGAUACCUCCAUGCUUUGAUGUUCCAAUCAUGGGUACCAUUGUAGAUAAUAAUAUUUCACCUGAUGCACAUUAUCAGAUAAUUAUUCCUAAAAACAAUAGAAUUACAGUUUUACUUCUACUUACCCUUAGACCCUUCCCUCCAAGCGCUGUUUUUUACCCUACCAUCUCUCCUUUGGACUUUAUCCCACUAACACAACAUAAUGCACCUCAAAUGGUCCAUUCACCAUCUGAUGAACUAUUUAUAUAUAAGAAAUUAUUUUCAGAUAAAAUGGUUGCUGACUGUGUAGAAUCAUUGAUUGGUACAUAUGUAUAUAAAUGCGGAGUUAAAGUAGGCUAUAAGGUUCUCCGGGGUCUGGGUAUUAUACCAGAACAAUUAAUUGAUACAUUCAAGCCUCAACCAAUAGAAAAUCAAAGGGUUGAUUUAAAUAUUUCAAAAAUUUUGCCUGGAUAUAAAAUACUUGAACAAAGAAUUGGCUAUUCAUUUAAACAUAAACAUCUAUUAGUUCAAGCUCUAACCCAUAAAACCAAUGAAUUUGGGUUUUCAGAAUGUUAUCAAAGACUUGAGUUUCUUGGUGAUGCUAUAAUUGAUUUCUUGAUUACAUCAUAUAUAAUGGAACAUGGGAAUACCAAAACUUCUGAUGAAAUAACUAUUGUCAGAUCUUCACUAGUGAAUAACACAACCAUUGGUUCAUUGAGCGCACGCAUAGGACUACAUAGAUUUGUCUUAGCAAAGGCGGUGCUAAUGACUGAAAAAAUUGAUCGUUUUUAUAAACAUUUUCAAAAAAACAACUAUCAAAUUGGCCUAGAUGUUUUGUGUCUUGCAGAAAAAGAUGAUUCUUAUGUAGCUGAAUUUAUUGAUGUACCAAAAGUAUUGGCUGACGUGUUUGAGUCACUAAUUGCUGCAAUAUAUUUAGACUGUAAUAGAGAUUUGAAUGUUGUAUGGACUAUUUUGUAUAGAUUUUGGGAAGAAGAUAUCAACAAAUUUUGUAACAACUUACCAACAAAUCCUAUGGAUAUUUUAUUCAAAUUAAAUUUACAACCAAUUUACAGUGACCUAACUGAUCAAGCACUUCAUAAAAACUUUCAGAUUCAGUUAAAGAUACAUUCAGAGGAAAAAAGUUUGACUGUAUAUGGAAUUGGUAAGAGUAAAAAAGAAGCCAAAAUUGCUGCUGCUAAGAUAGCAUUAAAGAAUAUGAAAAAAAUGUCUUAA